AUGAGCUCCACAACUCCUUUGGACCCCCGCGUACUGGACGCUAUGGCGCCCUUCAUGAUUGGCAGCUACGGCAAUCCUCAUUCGCGUACUCAUCAGUUCGGCUGGGAAGCCGAAAGUGUGGUAGAAAAGGCGCGUAAGCAGGUGGCGGACUUGAUUGGUGCGGACGCCAAGGAGAUUAUCUUUACGAGUGGUGCCACGGAAUCAAACAAUUUAAGUAUUAAGGGCGCCGCACACUUUUACGCCAAGCGCGGGAAACACGUCAUCACUACACAGACAGAGCACAAGUGUGUGUUGGAUUCUUGUCGUUCACUGGAAUUGGAAGGUUACGAUGUCACGUACUUGCCGGUGCAGCACGCUACGGGGCGUGUGGAUAUGGAUCUCCUCAAGGCCACGAUUCGUGAGGACACGGUAUUGCUCUCCGUCAUGGCCGUCAACAACGAAAUUGGUACCCUACAACCGCUGGAAGAGAUUGGGACCCUGUGCCGUGACAACAAGAUUGUUUUCCACUGCGACGCGGCGCAGAUGCUUGGCAAGAUGCCGCUUGACGUUGACAAGUAUAAGAUUGAUCUCAUGUCGAUGAGUUCGCACAAAGUAUAUGGUCCCAAGGGCAUCGGUGGUCUCUACAUUCGCCGUCGUCCCCGUGUCCGCCUCGAACCGAUGAUGUCUGGUGGUGGCCAGGAACGUGGAUUGCGUUCGGGAACUUUGUCCCAUUUUUUGUGCGCCGGCUUUGGCGCCGCUUGUGAGAUUGCCAACAAGGAAAUGGAUUACGAUCACGAGUGGAUCACGUACCUUUCUAAAAAGCUGCAGAAUGGAAUUGAAGAACGAAUUCCGGAGGUUGUCCGCAACGGUGAUCCGGAACACAACUAUAUCGGUUGUUUGAAUUAUUCUUUUGCCUAUGUCGAAGGCGAAUCGUUGCUCAUGGCGCUCAAAAAUAUUGCCGUCUCGUCCGGGUCUGCGUGUACGUCAGCUUCGUUGGAACCGUCGUAUGUGUUGCGUGCCUUGGGUGUAGACGACGAACUCGCCCACAGCAGCUUACGCUUUGGUCUCGGCCGCUUCACGACGGAAGAAGAAGUGGACUUUGUUUUGGAAUUGUUGGAAAAGCACGUAUCGCGCUUGCGCGAAAUGUCUCCAUUGUGGGAAAUGGUACAAGAAGGCAUCGACCUUAAAACCAUCCAGUGGACGCAGGAUGCGCACCACCAUUAA